CAGAACGCGGAAGCGUCUCGGUGCGGAGUGGCUGAGCGCUCCCAUCCCGGUUGAGCGCGGUAUAUCCGCGGAGCGUAGCGGGGCCGCGGCCUCCCCCAGCACCGCCGCCAUGUCCUCCGAUUUCGAGAGCUACGAGCAGGACUUCGCGGUGCUGACGGCCGAGAUCACGGGCAGGAUCGGGAAGGUGCCUAAGCUGGUAGGAGAUGAGAAGAAGCAGAUGGUUGCAAAUGUUGAGAAACAGCUCGAAGAAGCAAGGGAACUGCUUGAGCAGAUGGAACUUGAAGUUCGAGAGAUACCUCCUCAAAGCCGAGGAAUGUACAGCAGUCGAAUGAGAAGCUACAAACAAGAAAUGGGCAAACUUGAAGCUGAUUUCAAAAGGUCACGAAUCGCCUACAGUGAUGAGGUGCGGAAUGAGCUCCUAGGGGAUGACGGGAAUUCCUCAGAGAACCAGUUGAUAAAAUUACGUGAAGAGAGGGCACAUCUGCUCGAUAACACAGAGAGGCUGGAAAGGUCAUCUCGGAGACUAGAGGCUGGAUACCAAAUAGCAGUGGAAACCGAGCAGAUUGGACAAGAGAUGCUGGAAAACCUCAGCCAUGACAGAGAAAAGAUCCAGCGUGCUCGGGAGAGGCUUAGAGAAACCGAUGCAAACCUGGGGAAGAGUUCCAGGAUUUUGACGGGAAUGUUGCGAAGGUAAGGCCAAGGAUCAUCCAAAACCGGAUUUUGAUCGUUGUUCUGGCAGUCAUCAUCAUCUUCACUACCAUGAUGGCUAUUUUUUUUUCUGUCAAGGGACGCUGAUAUCUUUGUUCUUCGCUAAACAGUAACAAACUGCUUGUUCUGAGUAAUUAAGACAAAGUGGUCACAUGAAUCAUUCUCUUGCACUGACAGUCUCCCUCUCUUUUCCACUCUUCAACUCAGGUGCAAGUGGUGUAAAAUAUUUUGUAUUAUUGAUGGCAUAGUUGAUGGCAUGUGGGGUUGAUUUUUUUUAUUAUUAUUUUUUUUUCUUACUUUUUUUGUCUUUAUCUGAGUGUUUUCAGAAUCAUGAUAUUU